AUGGAGAAGAGAAGGGGAGAAGAUUUGAUGGCAGCGACCGUGCCCAUCAACCAGGAAGAGCUGAGCGGGACCCUUGCAGCGUUCUCCACCAUCCCAAUCUGGUGUCUGCACCGUCUCCACGUCCAUCCCUCAGCUGAGCAUGUCCGUGCAUACCUUGCUCUCUGGCGGCAUGUUGGCUUCUACCUGGGCAUAGACCCCUCCAUCAUCCGGCGACAUUUCUCAUCGCCCAUCACCGCCGACAAGUUCAUCGUCACCACAGCAAUGCAUCUCUUCUCGACGGACGACCCCUCGGACGCUGCCGAUGCCCCGACCAUCCCCAUCCUGCGCGCGGUCUCGAACCGCGCUCCGAUGUACAACUCCUUCGAAUACAACUGUGCGCUGACGCGGCACAUCCUGGGACCCUCCUUGUCUGACCGGGUAGGCUUACCCCCGACCCUGUUGCGCAUGUCCAUCCGGAUGCAUACCGCGCUCCUCCUUCAGCGCAUCCCGCACUGGGUGACGCACUACUAUCCUCGCAAGGGGUGGACGGCCAAGAGGAGGGCGGUGCUGAAGGAGGGCGUUGCGCUUAGUGUACGAUGGAACCUCGGCAUGCGCAAAGUGUCCUUCCGUCCGAGGACAGACGUGAAGAACGACGGGAUCAAGAAUGGGAGCAACGAGGGUGAAGGCGGCGAGAUAGCGGCGGGCGUCCAGGAAGCGGAAGCGGUACAGCUGGACAUCGCUGGUAACCGCCGCCUCGCCCGGCAGUGGCGCGAGGUGCUGGCUGAGAUGAUUGCGGUCUGCGCUGGAAACAACAUCUUCUUUCCUCGACCGUCUUCCUAUGCGGUCCCGACAGGAUGGGAGCCGUAUCCGUCAGGGGCCCCACCAAUUCUGUACACGCAACGCGUGCUAGGGCGCGCAGGACCUGUUUCUCCGCCAGCAUCUCGGGGCAGUGGUCCUCAGUUCAGUGUCGCGGGGGCAUCAGCAUUGCAGGGCCCGAAGGAGCUCGCCUCCGAGUUCCUCUCCCAACGGCACACAAAAGCAACGGACGAGGGGCCCGUGGCCACAAUUCGACGGAAGACCUACCCGGCGGAGAACAACGGCCACAACGCGUCGACUUCGCAGUCGACUCCUACAUCUCCGCCGCCGCCAUUCUUUGCGGAGGAUUUCUUUCGGGGUACAUCAUGUGCCCCGAUCAAUGUGGACGAUGACCCACAACCUACACCGAGCGUUGUAGGGCCCAGUGGAGGAAAGCGGACCCGUGGGGAGUUCGCGCCCGAGACAGGCACCUACUGGCCGCAAACGCAAGCGGACGAACGCGGAGGGGGACUGCGAUGCGGCGCCAUCGUCCAGCGCACCCAAGUCCUCCACCAGCAACCGAAAAAGGAAGCGCGUAAAGAAGGCUGUUCCGGCCAAGGCGGCAGUGUUCCCGCUGUUGCUCAGGCAUCAUCGCCGGAGCUGCCACCACGGGAUUCGUCGACCCCAACGACGAAGGAUGUGGAGACGUCUACCGCGAUUACAGCGGAAUCGUUGCCGGCGAGACCCGCAACCGCGCCCCCUCAGGUGUUCUCUCCCGGUCCAGUCGUUGCCGCUGUGGAAGAUCCACUCGCUUCACCCAUCGAGAGGGGCCAGCCCGAGCCCGAGUCCCCAGCCGUGAAAUCCACCGGCUUGGAUGCAGCGCCCCCGACUGAAGCUGUGGCGCCGUCGGUCGCGAAGCGACCACAAUCUACUACGCCUCCUGUUGUUGCGGCGAGCCUCAAUUUCAUCAUUGGUACGCCGCCCUCAGUGGAGCCUGAGGACGACCUCUGCGACUUGUUCGGCGAUCCACUCGACGAUGACUCCGUUUGA